GUUAUGCCCUAUGUGUAUAGUUCAGCCUAUGCUGCACCAAGAAUACCUGCUCAGAUAGGUACUCGAUAUCCGAACGGAAUUAUCCAGGAUACUCAACCAAACGUUAAGCGGGUCGGCGUUAUGAACAAUCAAGUAUUUGAUCCCAAAGUCUAUCCUAAUUCUGAAAUGCCCUACGAUCCGAACUGUAUUCCAAAUCCCUAUAAUUCCUAUUGUUUCUCAAAUCAGCAACCUGCCUUUCAAUAUACCAACAUGCAUCAACCCAAGCGUGAUGCGGCGAACAAUGGCCAAUAUCAGGUCGUUGAUAAUCAGUCAAAGAAGCAGCAUGUUCAACAACCUUCUCCGGUUGUCUUCCUGCCUCAGAUCAACUCCUUCCCCUAUGGAGCUCCUCUCUAUCAGAAUCUGUCUGCAGUUUAUCCGCCAGGCACGCGGCCGUACCCUUCCUACAUCCCUGGGAAGGCAGAAACAGUCUCCGAUAGUUCGAACCUUGAGCAGGACGCUGCAUGGAUUCUCUGCAACAUGCGUCAAGCGAAGCGGAACACGCCCAAUUCCUCCUCCUCCUAUCCUUCUUUUAUCGUUCCGUCCUCGAUGGCUCAUCUUCCUCAGUACACACAACCCCUCCAAUUUACACAAGCACAGGCUCAGGCACAAGCGCAAGCUCAAGCACAAGCGCAGGCUCAGGCUCAGGCUCAGGCUCAAGCUCAGGCUCAGGCUCAAGCUCAGGCACAGGCUCAAGCUCAGGCACAAGCUCAGGCUCAGGCACAAGCACAAGCACAAGCACAAGCGCAAGCUCAGGCACAAGCUCAGGCUCAAGCACAAGCCCAGGCGCAAGCGCAAGCGCAAGCGCAGGCUCAGGCUCAGGCACAGGCGCAAGCUCAGGCUCAGAGUCAGAGCCAGGGUCCGAGUCAGAGCCAGGCUUCGGUUCCUGUGCAAGCUUCAAUGCAGCCAUCCGUGCCGGCUCGUGCGUCUCUGCAGCCGUCCUCCCAGCCCGCUUCGCAACUGCCGUACCCUUCCCCGUACGCCUCCCAGGCGCACGUUCCUCCGCCAUCUCCGUCCCAUCCCCACUCCCAGCCCCCUCUCGCUUCGCCCUCCCAGCCGCACCCCUCGCAGCCGCAGGCCUCCAGCCAGUCCUCCGCGGCGCCGCACCCGCCGAUCCCUCCUCUGUCGCUGGCCUCGCUGACCUCGGCGCCCUUCCCGAUCCCCGCGGAGAGCUCCACGCCGCUGCCCGGCUCGGGCGUGCGCUCCGCGACGUGCCCGCCGAUCCCCACGCCGCCCAAGGUCAUCUACCACCAGCAGAGCGGACACAUGUGGAUCGUCCCCACCGACCGCGAAGAGCGCCGCGAGGUCCCCGCGGAUAUCAUCCCCUCCCUCGAUCCCGCGCUCUACACGCACGGCGUCGCGGGGAUCAAGCAGGCCGCCACCAUGCCCCACCCCCUCCAGACACCCGCUCCCGCGGGGAACGGGGCUAAGGCUGCACAGCCCGCGGCGAAUGGGCCCAAUGUCCCAAAUGGACCCAAUGGACCCAAUGGACCCAAUGUCCCUAUUGUACCGAAUGUCCCGAAUGUCCCUAUUGUAUCGAAUGGCCCCAGUGGAAACAGUGGAAACAGUGGAAACAAUGGAAGCAAUGGAAACAAUGGAAGCAAUGUCCCUAUUGUACCCAAUGUCCCUAUUGUACCUAAUGUCCCUAUUGUACCGAAUGGCUCCAAUGGCCCCAAUGUGACCAACCCAAUCAGUGGAAACAGUGGAAACAGUGGAAACAGUGGAAACAGUGGAAACAGUGGAAACCGUAGAACGGAGGGAGAGAAGGAACUCCCGAAGGAAACGCGCGCGGAGGGCGUUGAGAAGAGCAAAGAUGGUGUGGAAACGACGGAGGAAAGCGCUGGAAAGGAGUCGGAAGGAGCGAAGGAGCAAGAAGCGAUUCAUCCGAUCGUGCCUACGAAGGUGACUGGAGAGGAAGAAGUGCCUCUCAUUCGUGUUUUUGCGGCGAAGUCAGAAGAGCCAAAGCCGAUUCUCGUGAAAGAAGACGUGGUUCAAGAGAGAUUGGAUGGCAGUUCUUAA